UUUGCACUCAAUUUUGCAGCUAACAAUGCCUGGUGACCACCGUUCACGUCUGAUAAAGUUGGCGAAAUGGCUUUCAGAAUCUUCAUUAGUCCCACUGAGGCUUUUCCAAGAGCGUUGUGAGGAAGAAUUUCUGUGGGAGGCUGAAAUGAUUAAGAUAAAGGCUCAAGAUUUGAAGGGUAAAGAGGUUAGGGUGAACACACGGCUUCUUUAUCAGCAAACAAAGUUUAACCUUCUUCGUGAAGAAAGUGAGGGAUAUGCCAAGCUGGUAUGUUACACUUUACCUUUUGAAAGUUUCUGA